UGGGAGAGCGAGGGAGGGCCCGUGAAGGGGGGAGGGUUUAUGAGAGGGUCUUGGUGAUCACUGAGGGAGUGAGUGUGUGAGUGAGGAGUGCCAACAGCAUUCCGAUAGUAAGAACAAAGCGCAUUCCAAGUUUCCGAGCCUUACCUCGUGUACAGAAAUUUUUCUUCCAGUACUAGAACCCGGGAAUAAAUAUACGGAUGAAGACGAGAUUCCGUGUGGGCGUGAGUUUCCACCUUCCUUGAACUAAAGCCAGGUGGGAGGUGGGACGAGCAAGGAAGGAAACCCAAGGACAGGGCGAGAGAGAGAGGGAGGGAGGCAUUAUAGCCAUGGCAGCCCUGAAAUCGCCAACGGUUGCCGUUGUUGUACCACGAUUGGUAGCACGUCUCUGCCCUGCUGCAUUCUCCAGGACUUCACUCGCAUUCCCCCUCGUGCCUGCUCAUUUUUCUGGCCUGCGACCUUCGUGCGAUCGUCCUGCGCAUCCUUCUGUGCCCGCCUCCAAGUCUGGUUUCUCCACCAUGAGUCCGUCCCGAGUGAAGGCCGUGCUCACAGCUGAUGUUGGUCUCACGAAGCCUUCGGAGGGCAUUGUUCCUCAGAUUGCUAUCACCGCCACGGAAAGUCAUGUGACUGAGUGGAAAGGGGACGUCGUGGUCAUCGGCGUUUUCGAGGGUGGAUUUGGAAAGGAUGUGAACGGAAUUUUUGAGGACUCUGCGUUGAAGAAGUUAGACGAUGCAUUGGGUGGGAUCUUUGGGGAGAUAGUCGUGGAGGAAGACUUCACUGGAAAAGCUGGACAGACAUCAUCGGCCCGGGUUUCUGGACAUGGGUUCAAGAGAGUUGGGUUCGUAGGGCUAGGGAAGCCCAAAUCAGCUUCCUCCAAAACUUGGAAAAGCUUGGGAGAGAGUAUUGCCACCAUUGCCAAGCCUGCCCAGGCGAAGAGCGUGGCUGUUUUGAUAGCUAAUCCUCCUGAACUUUCUUCGGAGGCCAAGGUUUCGGCUGCCUCUACGGUCUCAUUGGGGACAAUCCUCGGCCUGUUUGAAGACACUAGAUUCAAGGCAGAGGGGAAGAAGCCCCUUUUGGAGAAAUUAGAGAUCGUAGGACUUGGUUCUGGAGCUGCAUUCGAUGCGAAACUGGAUCAGACUGUGAAAGUAACCGGUGGUGUUAUUCUUGCUAGACAGUUGGUCAAUGCACCCCCCAACGUACUCCUCCCAAGUGUGUUGGCCGAUGAAGCAGAAAAUCUUACAGCAGACUACAGCGAUGUGCUCACCGUCAAGAUAUUGGACGAAGAAGCCUGCAGAAAACUUAAGAUGGGGUCUUACCUUGGAGUUUCGGCUGCAUCCACAAACCCCCCCAAGUUUAUCCACAUCCAGUACAAACCGCCCACCGGAGACGUGAAGACCAAGCUUGCAAUUGUCGGAAAGGGACUCACCUUUGACAGUGGCGGCUACAACUUGAAGACUGGGCCCGGAUGUUCUAUCGAAAUUAUGAAGAUUGACAUGGGAGGUGCUGCUGCGGCCAUUGGUGCAGCUAAAGCUAUAGCCGAAGUUAAACCCCUCGGAGUCGAGGUGAAUUUCAUCGUGGCUGCUUGCGAGAACAUGAUCGGUGGCGGUGGAAUGAGACCGGGAGACAUUUUGACGGCAUCCAACGGGAAAACUAUCGAGGUGAACAACACGGAUGCUGAAGGCCGGCUGACAUUAGCUGAUGCUCUUGUCUACGCUUGCAACCUUAAAGUUGACAAGAUAGUCGACCUUGCAACUUUGACAGGAGCAUGUAUCAUCGCUCUCGGAAAUGACAUCGGAGGCAUGUUCACUCCCAACGACGCGCUAGCAGAGGAGCUCUCCUCAGCAUCGCAGUCUGCCGGAGAGAAGCUGUGGAGAAUGCCAAUGGAGGACAGUUACUGGGAAAUGAUGAAAUCAAGCAUAGCAGACAUGGUGAAUACAGGUGGCCGCCCCGGUGGUUCAAUAACUGCCGCCCUCUUCCUAAAGCAGUUUGUCAACGAAGACGUUGCCUGGGCUCAUCUUGAUAUUGCGGGACCUGUGUGGAGUAAUGAGAAGAAAAGCGCAACUGGGUUUGCCGUGGCCACCCUUCUUAACUGGGUUGUGAAGCAAGCCCAAUCAUGAUAAUAUCUGGCAAGUGCGAGAUUGAACAAUCUUCAUACGAACUGCACGGGAGCAUCAAGAACACGAACAUUAUCACCGCAGUGUUACACCUUACGAUUAGAAUGUUAGGAGGUAUCAGGAUAGGGAAAAUGGUGAAUAUGUUUGUGUAACGUAAGGAAGCAACUGAAGUGUUCGAUAAGAAAAUUAUUAAAUUGUACAUGGACUCGAGCUGUUUUAUUCAUUGUUAAGCACAAUUGAUUCAAAUAAGAGGUCUCUUCGGAAAGGUUAUGCCCUUGAGGUUCAGAUGAAAUUGUUUGUUUCAUGUGUAGCAGGUUGGAAUGGUGACUUUGGGCUAGGAGUUAGGCUGGCUGAGUGUAGGCAGCGUACACUUUGCCUGCGACUGGAACGACAGGACUUCCAGAUUUCUUCCCCUUCUUUAUGCACCAGAUUGAAGUGAUGGCAUGCGGAGAUUGCAGUUUCCUGUUGAUGUCUGCGAAGGGGUCAUCAGAAAAUGAAAGUCGUGGGCUCUACUGGUUCAGGAACAGCGGGGGAGUCCACAUCUUCAAACAUAUGGAUGAUGUGUAUACUGCCUAGAGAGUAGCUAGUGACGUAGGAAAAUUAAUGGAAAAAUAUUGUGCUAUGUUAGGCAACAUACAUGAUAGGACCUGGACUCUACGAACGGGGUGAGAUUCGGAUAGUUCCCUGUUGUAUUCUUUCAUGGACGAAAGGAUUUAUAUCGAUUUUGAACCCAUCUGAUGCAAUACUACAACAGUCUCCAGUUAUCGUAUAAUUCCGAAACUGUAACUACAACACCUGUUUACACAGGUAAAACUAUGAGUGUCAUGAUUAGGUUGCACUUCCACAGCCAAACCUAUCGUGGUGACGUAUGGCGUUGGUGCAUCACUAGGCCAUCAAGAAAUGUCUGAAUUUGACAAGGACAUGUUUUCACAUCAGUCUUGUGCAAAACGAGACUAAGCAAUACAUCA